CGUUUUAUUUAAUUUUUAUGUUUCUUAUUAGACUUUUUUAUUGAUAAUAAAGUCUUCUUUUUGAGCAUGGACCUAUUACACAAAUAUUUACCGUUGCCUCACAGCUUUGCCAUAUUUUGGGCAGGAUCAUCUAUAGCUAUUGCCAUUGAGGCAAAAUCUAAGUUUAAGGCUAAAACACUAGAAAAAAAAGUAGCUUUUGACGUUGGCAGACACGUCUUUAAAUCUCAAGCUCGAUUAGAGUGGCUUUUGUUAUUUACGGCUUGGCUGUCUCAACUUACACAUUUUGGCUUUACCAACUUUACAGCUUUGACUAUUGCUACAUUUUCGUUUUUAACUAAUCAGUUUAUUUUUAGCCCAAUACUCAUGAGAAGGGCUGAUGCUAUUAUUAAAGGUGAAACAGUUCCUCCUGGUAAUUCCCAUGCAGUCCUUGUUGGUUUUGAAAUUGUUAAAUGCUUAGCUCUGCUUAGAGUCUAAACCUCCUCGGGAAAUAUUAUUUAUAU